AGUCAGUCAGUCAGUCAGUGUGCUGCUGGCCUGCCUGCCAGAGAGGGGAGUCGAGAGCUCUGCUGGGAACUACAUGGUGCUCAAUUUUUCAAGAUGUCGUCGCUGGAACAGAGGCUGUCGCGAAUCGAAGAGAAACUAAAGCAGGAGAAUGAAGAAGCUCGCCGGAGAAUCGACCUUAACAUCGACAUGAGUCCACAGCGGUCACGACCGAGGCCGAUCAUCGUGAUCCAGCUCAGUCCUGCUCCAGCCCCUUCCCAGCGUGCAGCGCUCCAGCUGCCCCUGGCUAACGAUGGAGGCAGCCGUUCGUCAUCUUCAGAGAGCUCGCCCCAGCACCACCCGUACCCCAGCCGCCCACGACACAUGCUAACCCUGCCCACGCCUCCGUAUGGCCUACAGAAGAGCCUAGAGAAUGCAGAGAUUGACCAGAAAUUGCAGGAGAUCAUGAAACAGACGGGUUAUUUGAAGAUCGACGGGCAGCGGUAUCCAGCAGAGGUAACAGACCUGUUUAGCGAGGGGGAGAUCGGCAGCGGGACUUGCGGACAAGUCUUCAAAGUGCGAUUCAAGAAGACGGGCCAUGUCAUUGCGGUCAAACAAAUGCGUCGCACAGGAAACAAAGACGAGAACAAGCGGAUCUUGAUGGACCUGGACGUGGUGCUGAAGAGUCAUGACUGCCCUUACAUCAUCCAGUGCUACGGCGCCAUAGUGACCAACACGGAUGUAUUCAUCGCCAUGGAGCUGAUGGGAACUUGUGCUGAGAAGCUAAAGAAGAGAAUCCAGGGUCCCAUCCCAGAGCGAAUCCUCGGAAAGAUGACGGUGGCAAUAGUGAAAGCGUUGCUGUACCUGAAAGAGAAACACGGCGUUAUCCACCGGGACGUCAAACCCUCUAACAUCCUGUUAGACGCUAAAGGUCAGAUUAAACUGUGCGACUUCGGCAUCAGCGGACGCCUCGUCGACUCCAAGGCCAAGACCCGCAGCGCCGGCUGUGCUGCCUACAUGGCACCUGAAAGAAUAGACCCUCCAGAUCCCACCAAACCUGACUAUGACAUCCGGGCAGACGUGUGGAGCCUCGGCAUCUCUCUGGUGGAGUUGGCUACAGGACAGUUUCCCUACAAGAACUGCAAGACAGACUUUGAGGUUCUGACCAAAGUGCUGCAGGAGGACCCUCCUCUUCUGCCUCUCGGCAUGGGUUUCUCCCUCGACUUCCAGUCCUUUGUCAAAGACUGCCUCACAAAGGAUCACAGAAAAAGGCCAAAAUACCAUCAGCUACUGGAGCAUAGUUUCAUUCGGCGUUACGAGGUGCUCGACGUAGACGUGGCUGGUUGGUUUCAGGUGGUGAUGGAUCGCACCGAGUCGCCUCGCAGCAGCCAGUGUUACAGCCAUCAGCAUCAACUCCACUCGCUCUUCAGUAGGUAGCCUAGCCUCGACCAGCCUGGCGUCAGCUUAGCCGUACGCUAGACUAGCCUAGCUUUAGCUUUGCCAAGCCCAGACUCAGUCUAUUCUAGUCUAGCCGUCCACAGCUACGCCAAGCGCUACACCCAUCCCGUCUGUCCAUCUGUCCCCUGGGGAAGAAGAGACCUGAAGAUCCCACAGAGGAGGGAGGCACGAAGACUCAGUGGAGGACUCUGGAUGGACAGAUUAAGCGAUGGAGCGACAGAGGGAUGGAUGGCUGACGCAGGUGGUUCUGGUUAUUAGGGUGCUGAAUCUGGACAGACAGACACGGGGUUGGGGGGGGGGGAUGCACGCUGUAGUGAGCUUCAUUUGGUUUAGAUACUGUUAGCGCUCACCACGCUAUCAUCACAUCACAGUGUGUGUUGCAGCCAGACACUCACAUACAAACUGUGUGUGUAGCUUGUAUAUGCCUUUACAUUUUCUCCUCUUUUCAGUAGUUUUACACACACGUCUGUCUGUCGCCGACAUUGAUCCAAGCCAUUGGAUUCGUAAACAGAGUAGUCACUACACACUGGAACAAAGCAUCUGCUACUUCAGCAAAAACAAGCCGCUCUUGUACAUAAACGAUUUAGAGGAAAGAACAAAGUCUGGUGCAAUUAUGAUUCUUCAGGUGUUUCUACCAUCACACAUUCUCAGGCUGUAUCUAUAUGUAGUGUGUCUGUGUGCGUGUGUAUAUGUCAGUGUGAGCAUUUCUAUGUAUGGAUAACUAUAACGACUCACUCACCGGCUUUUAAUAGUGAGGUUGUAUUUCCUCGUUAAUUCACCUUCACACUACAGCUCUAACACACAAACGAGAACAGAUUAAUCUGUUGGCUGUGCUUUUAAUUUGAAAGGCUUUUGUUUUUUUUGUUUUUUUGUUUUUUUUAAAUAGCAUAAUUUUUUGUGUUGGGGAGAAACAAUGAAAAACACUCUCAAAAAAAUUAGCGUUGCAUUUUAGCUUUAUAGAAAAUAAGUCGUGUGUUGUUUUGAAGACGGGUUUGUUUGUUUUUUUGGUGAUCGAUGCGUGCCGCGAGUACAUCCACACUGACGUUUUUGUUUUAAAAAGUGUAGUUUUUACUACAUGUGCGAUGAACAUCCACACAGCAAGGCUGUAGUGGGUCAUGCUCCGUCAUUCAACGACCUCCAGUCUAUAGCCCAGGUUCACACACACAUUUGGCUGUUAACGGGUCUGUAAAUUAGGCAGCAGGGUAUAAUGAGGUACCUUCUGAUUGGUCAGACAUAAGCUGGAACUUGCAAUACUAAUCAGGAACUAACCAGAGUUCAGUUUAUUUAGGCAUUUAAAACACUACAAAAAGCGGCCACGUGUCAUUCUGUUAUUUGUACUUUCAACAAAAGCAGUAAUGUAACUAAUUAUGAGCCAAUUUUAAAAAUCCAAACAUGCACAAAGUUUGGAAAGACACAAAGAGUGUGGUUUGUAAUGGAGAGCCCACUUCCAAUCAAGCUAGGUUGUAGUAGACCCUGUGCAUGAAUGUGAACAGUACAGGGAGAAGCUUGGAAACUGCGACAGUCUCUUGUGUUACGUUCAGAAGCCGUCUCGCCUCAUUUGUCCAAGCAGAAAAGCUUCUUGCAGUUGGCUUUGUUGCUCUGGAGUAUUUUCCUGACGCUACCGGCCCUCUGCUUCCUGUUUACACUGGCACACUUGUUCACGUUGUAUGCGAUAUAUCAGCGUGAUACAGUGUUACGGGCGUGUUUAGUGUAAGCGGAGAUUUUUAAUGAAAAACGCCGUUUUGAAAUGAAACGUAUUAGUGUGGAUGUAGCUUGAACUUCUUCUGGAAGAUUGAAAGUUGAAAGAUUUAACAAAUGUUACAAGAGAGCAGCUGGGUGAUUUUAAAAAAUGGGAGCGUUUUUGGGGGUUUUGUACAGAGAAUUUAAAAGGUGUAGAUCUUAUGACCUGUGGAGCAUUUCUUUACUUCACUCUCUGUUCGUCUACCUCUUCCUUUUUGUCCACCUCUCUGCCUCCGUAGUGCUCCACAGUGUUCUUAGACCAAAGGCUACGCGUGGGUUGUUGGCGGAGGCCGAGAGACUUAGAUUUGCUCCUGCAAACCUUCAGAUAUUAAGAAUCCACGGAGGAGAGUCUGAGCAGUGCUGGUGUGUUUUUUAGGAGGCUAAAACUGUCAGGCUGGGGCCUGUAAUUCCAUUUUGCUUAUAUUGGAUCAUUAUCCUGUUUUUACCGAGCUUUUGGAUGAAUAUCAAUGAUAUGCCAUUAAUUUCUGCUGAUUUAUCGGAGUCAUUUCUUUUCCCCCAAUUCUCCUUUUAUUCUUCAGCUGCACAGUGGAUUACUGGACUGAUUUGGUUUCAUUAUUAUAUACUGAGACCAAGAAUUGUUACAGUCAAGAUGUAAAAGAUGACUAGGAGGUGGAAAAAAGAGGAGUUGUUACCUUUUGCAGAAUUACUUUAAUUGAUUAGGUAAAAAAAUCCCCAUUCAAAGCUCUUUUUUUUUUUUUU